AAGAUUGGUUGGCUUUCCUUCCAUUUCUGCAACACCCAAGCCAUACAUGCGAUAUACAUACGUGUAUCUAAUUCCCAUAAAAGCAACCAUUUUCCUCUUCAUUUUCCCGGAAAAUCUCCUGCAGAUUUGAAGGUUAUCGAAGACCACUUCGCCAACCAGAUAAGUUCAUUCUGUUUUCCUCCCACGCUCUCUUGUUUGUGUUCGUUCUGUUAUCCUGUCAAGACACAGAUAUUGAAUCUUGGGUCUAUAGAUUAGGUCUUUGUAGCUGAAUAGUCAGAGCCAGUUUCUCUCUUUCUUCUCUCUCUCCAUCUCUCCCUCUCUGAAUUGGGGUUUGUGCAGAAUUAUCAGCAACGAAUCCUAAUUUGGAGGGAGGAUUUUUUUUUUUUUUGGGUCAUUUCUAGUUUUCUGGUGUUUUUUGUGCAUAUUGAUGCAAUACUGUGAGAACCCAAUUUGAGUUUGGACCAAAAUUGGGGGUUUCUGUUCUCUUUCAUCAUUGUUGGGCCAGAUUUGAGGCUUUAUACAUCUUUACUAAGACCUUGGCUUGGGAAAGCAAGUUUUAAGGGAAAUUUGUCUGUGAGGAGAAGAAAAGGUUUAGAGGUAUAAAUUUAUGAGACUUGUUUGUUGAAGCCUUGAUUUACAGUUAUUCCAGGGUCUUCUGCUGCAUUCGUAUUUGAGUUAUGGUGUUUUUAGAUUUAAGAUCUUUGUUCGAGUUUGCAGCUUUUCCAUGAUGUUAUUAUAGUUGGACUCAUUGGGGUUUCAAUUUGUAAUGAAGUUAUUAUAGUUGGGUGAAUCUGGGUCUAUAGUUUCUGAGAUUUGAUUGUGGGGUUCAUGAUGGGGAAGCAAAAUGGGAAUAAGAAGAAGCAGGUGGGAGAAAAAUCGGGUGUUUCAGGUGUGAAGGAAAGUAAGUUUAGGGCUAACAGCUCGAAAGCCUAUGAUGAAGAUACAGCAGUGUUUGUUUUGAUGGCACAGGAAUUGAAAGAUGAUGGGAAUAAGUUUUUCCAGAAGAGGGACUAUGAAGGAGCCAUGCUAAAAUAUGAGAAAGCUAUCAAGUUGCUUCCCAGAAACCACAUAGACGUCUCCUAUCUGAGGAGUAACAUGGCAGCCUGCUAUAUGCAGAUGGGUCUCAGUGAGUAUCCGAGGGCAAUUCAUGAAUGUAAUUUGGCUCUUGAAGUCACACCUAAGUAUAGUAAAGCACUCUUAAAGAGAGCUAGAUGUUACGAGGCUUUGAAUAGGCUGGAUUUGGCACUGAGAGAUGUAAAAAUAGUGCUGGGUAUGGAACCAAAUAAUAUCAUGGCUACAGAGAUUGAAGAAAGAGUGAGAACAACAAUUGAGAAAAAGUGCAUUACAGCUAAUGAAAUACCGAUUGAUUUGGUUCCAGAAUAUGUUGACCCAGUUCUUCCUAAAUUAUCAAAAGACAAAACACGAAAGAAGAAGAGCAAGAAAUUGGAGGGGAUGGCAACUGAUGGUGAAACUGUGGACAAGGUUGAGGACAAAGCUGAAGAGAAGACUGAUGGUGAAAUUGUGGACAAGGUUGAGGACAAAGUUAAAGAGAAGAAGGCAGAAGAAAAGACUAAUAAUCAUAGGGUUAAGGAUGAAUUUGAAGAGAAGAAGGCAGAAGAAAAUACUAACAAGAAGGUGGUUAAGGAUGAAUUUGAAGAGCAGGCGGCAGAAGAAAAGGCUAACAAGGAGGUGGUUAAGGAUGAAUUUGAAGAGAAGAAGGCAGAAGAAAAGACUAAUAAGAAUGUGGUUAAGGAUGAAUUUGAAGAGAAGAAGGCAGAAGAAAAGACUAAUAAGAAUGUGGUUAAGGAUGAAUUUGAAGAGAAGAAGGCAGAAGAAACGACUAACAGGAAGACGGUUAAGGAUGAAUUUGAAGAGAAGAAGGCAGAAGGAACGACUAACAGGAAGACGGUUAAGGAUGAACUUGAAGAGAAGAAGGCAACGGAAAAGACUAAUAAAAAGAAGGUAAAGGAUGAAUUUGAAGAGACGAAGACAAAAGAAAAAACUAGUAAAAAGAAAGCUGAGAAAACCGUUGAGGGGAUGAGGGUAGAAGUUGAGAAGAAUGCUGAAGAUAAAGCUGAGAAAACCGUUGAGGGGAUGAGGGCAGAAGUUGAGGAGAAGAAGGCUGAAGAUAAAUUGGUUGUGGAGGAAAAAAUAAGUAAUGUUGUAGAAGAAGAGCCUAAAAGGAAUAUUAAACUGGUGUUUGGGGAUGAUAUACGAUGGGCUCAGCUGCCUUUCAAUUGCAGUAUUUUAAUACUGAGGGAGGUUAUACGUGACCGCUUUCCAGCCUCAAAAGCUGUUCUCAUAAAAUACAGGGACCAAGAAGGUGAUUUGGUCACAAUCACCAGUAAUGAAGAACUGAGGUGGGCUGAAGCAUCUGCUGAUCAAGGUUCUUUGAGGCUCCAUAUAUUUGAAGUUAAACCGGAGCAAGACCCAUUCUAUGGUAAAGUUAAAAGGGAGGAGGAGCUCCACAAGCCUAAUUCCAAACACAGUAACUCUAGCAAGAAUGGAAGUUUGGGGAAAGGUUAUAAAACAGAGAUGGGACCAUCUUGCAUCGAUGACUGGAUUGUCCAGUUUGCGCAGCUUUUCAAGAACUAUGUUGGAUUUAAUUCUGAUGCAUAUUUGGAUCUUCACGAGCUUGGAAUGAAGCUCUAUUCUGAGGCUAUGGAAGAAACGGUUACAAGUGAAGAAGCCCAAGACCUUUUCAACAUAGCAGCAGAGAAGUUCCAGGAGAUGGCAGCUUUGGCCUUGUUCAAUUGGGGAAAUGUUCACAUGUCCAGGGCAAGGAGGAGAGUGUACUUUACAGAAGAUGCUUCAAAAGAAUCUGUACUCACACAAAUUCAAACUGGAUAUGAUUGGGCACAGAAGGAAUACUUGAAAGCUGGAGAGAGAUAUGAAGAAGCUGUGAGAAUUAAACCAGAUUUCUAUGAAGGCAUUCUAGCUCUGGGCCAACAGAAGUUUGAGCAGGCAAAACUCUCAUGGUAUUAUGCAGUUAGUACCAAUGUUGAUUUGGAAACUUGGCCAUCUACAGAGGUUCUUCAGCUGUACAAUGUUGCCGAGGACAAUAUGGAAAAGGGUAUGCAGAUGUGGGAGGAAGCAGAAGAGCAGCGUCUGAAUGAACUGUCUAAGCCAAACAAAGUUAAAAACCUGAUGCAACAGAUGGGUAUAGAUGGAUUAUAUAAAGACAUAUCUGCAGAAGAAGCUGCUGACCAGGGUGCAAACAUGAGGUCGCAGAUUAACCUUUUGUGGGGAACCAUGCUCUAUGAACGAUCAAUUAUGGAAUUCAAGCUAGAGCUUCCUGUCUGGCACGAAUGUUUGGAGGUUGCAAUUGAAAAGUUCGAACUUGCUGGAGCCUCUGCCACAGAUAUAGCUGUUAUGAUGAAGAACCACUGUUCCAACGAUACUGCACUUGAUGGCUUAGGAUUCAAUAUUGAUGAGAUAAUACAGGCAUGGAAUGAGAUGUAUGAAGCUAAAAGGUGGCAGAGUGAUGUUCCUUCUUUCCGGUUGGAACCAGUGCUUCGGCGACGAGUUUCAAAACUUUAUCAUGUCCUGGAGCAUGCAUGAGUUUAUUUUGAUCAUUCCAACUUCUGAAGAAGCUGGAAGAUCGCUUAUUGGUAGUGUGCAUUGGCUUUUAUCUGCAUCCCACAUACUACAUAGGUUUUCAUCCUACACAAGCACAAAGGUCUGGCUUCAACUUUGAUCUUGUAGAAGGAAAAAUCAAUUCAACAGUUUCGUUGUUGUUUUUUUGUCAGUAAACAGCUUACCGACACCUCUUCUGAAGUAGCAGAAAUUUCUUUUUCCUGGUUUCUGCCUUCCCCUGCAUCGGUCUGCAUUUAUCUAUGUCAGAGAACAUGCAGAAGAUUGCUUUUGUAGUCUGAUUUCUUAUUUAUUUUUUGUUACGUGCUUUUGUAAACAGCCUUAGCAUCUCAUGCAGUUAUUUUGUAUUGAACCAUCGAACUUAAAUAAACUCCUUGCAUAUUAUGGUCUUCA